AUGACCAUCAUUCACAUUGUCCUUUUCAAGUUCAGGCCGGAGGUCUCCAAGGAGCACAAAGAGGCCUUUAUGCACGAGCUGAGACAGCUCCGUUUCCUGUCCUGUGUCAAAGACCAGAACCUCCACGUUGGCAGCCCGUCGCUUACAGAUCCCAUCGAGAAGAGCAAGGGUUUUGAAAUUGCGCUUGUCAGCUAUCACCCCGGCCCAGCUGCCUUGGCAGAGUACCAGGCGAGCAAGGAGCACGAGAGAAACAGGGUCACGAGCACGUACCUGUGGCCGUAUAAAGAGGAUGUUGUGAGGUUUGAUUUCGAAAUUGGCAACACAACAGAGGAGGAGCGAUUGGGGGAGAUGAUGGCCUACAAUGCACUGAAAAGUAUUGGCUGCUAG